AUGGCGACAGAGACCGCGGCACCAGGGCCGGCUUCUGUUCAAGCUGAGCCGCCAAAGGUUGAUGCUGCUGUGCCGAACGGCGAAAAGAGUGCAAAUAGUGGUCCUAGGAAGCCUCGCCAGAAGCGGCCAAACUACAAUGAAAUUCACGUCAAGCCACUUCCGCUCGAUGUCCACCCGUUGCCAGCGUUCAUCCCACAUAACCCUUUAUCUAUCGUGAGGAUUGCCAUCACCCUUCUGUCACAUUCAUUCCGCACGCCCACCUCGCACAAGGUCGUCCACAAUGCCUACUUCUCUGAAGACACCCAGUCCAUACAUGUCACAGACGCAGACUCCAUUCGCGCCCUCUGGGAGCAGGGGUUCUGGGGUAAGGGAUCGCUCAGCCGCAGCGAGCCGCAGUGGUUGCUGGCUGAGCGGCGGAGGCGCGGCAUUGAAGCUGCAACCGCAAGUACACAGAUCACACAGGCGCGGCGAGAGGAGCGCAAGCAGUUCAAGCUCGAGCGUGCCAAAGCACAGCGCGAAGCCAUCGAGCAGCAGCUCCGCCAGGAAGGCAAGUUGGAUGCUGAUGGUACUGUGAGCGACCUGGUCGACGACGGCACCGUCUCCGAGUCUCCCAAAGGCACGCUAUACACGUCUGAAGCAGGCGACGUCGUGGGACCCGCUGGCGACUCGAUUGUCUCGGCAAUCGACAAGAGCAUCGCAGACCAAGCGCCGACCUGGGGCCACGACGCCGCCGCCGCCGCCGCCGACGAAAUCACAGACAUCGAGCACCUGCAGCUCACGCCCGAGGAAGCGUUCUAUCUCACUUACGUUCUCGGCGCGCUCGACAUCCUCGACGGCAACUUCGUCACCGGCACCUCCGCGCUGCCCGCCUGGUACCUCCUGCGCCUCUACAGCGCAUACGCACUCUCCCCCAUCUCCGACACCGCCCUCAUCAGCCUCAAGAAGAUGUAUCAAUACCGCUCGCGCCUGGCCUCGAAAACCGCCGCGCUGCCCCCCGCCCUCCAAAUCGCCCCGGACAACCCCUUCCUCCUCAAAUACGCCGUCUACCACCACUUCCGCAGCCUAGGCUGGGUCGUGCGCCCGGGCAUCAAGUUCGCCGUCGACUACCUGCUGUACCUGCGGGGCCCGGCGUUCCACCACGCCGAGUUCGGCGUGCACAUCGUCCCGUCGUACUCCCAUCCCUAUUGGUCCGAGACGCCGGAGCGCGUGGAGUACCGCAAGAGCAAGGAGGGGAGGGAUUGGUGGUGGUUCCACCGCGUGAAUCGCGUGCAGACGGCGGUUAUGAAGACGCUGGUGCUGGUGUAUGUUGAGGUGCCGCCGCCGUGGGAUAGUGAGGCGAAGCAGGAUGCGCUGGGGGUGGAUAUCGGGGCGGUGUUGAAGAGGUACACGGUGAGAGAGGUGGUGUUCAAGCGGUGGAGUCCGAGCCGCAACCGCGACUAG